UCUUUCUUAUCAUCACUCUUUCCUCCACAAUAUAAGAACAGGGUUUCACUGUCAAUUCCUCCUUGUCCUUGAUUGUAUCUACUCACUCCUUGCAGCUUCAAUCACAUUGAGAGAGAGAGAGAGAGAGGGAGGUAGAGAGCCCUGAAAUUUAAGUUAUAGUACAGACAGAGUACUUUGGAGGGGGAAACCAAACAAUGGAGAAGACCAAAGCAAGCGGAACGAUGAUGGGCAUGAACACUUCCACCGCAGCCGGUAACCGGGAAGAGCUGCAGGAUCAUGCCGGCGGCAGCAUGCGGACGGCGGAGAGCAUUCUCCGGCUGGUUCCCGUGGGGUUGUGCGUGUCAGCUCUGGUAGUCAUGCUCAAGAACUCCCAGACCAACGAUUUCGGCUCCCUCUCUUACUCUGAUCUCGCUGCCUUCAGGUACUUGGUACACGCCAACGGCAUCUGUGCAGGCUACGCCCUGCUCUCCGCCGUCGUGGUGGCAAUGCCGCGUCGCCCGGCCACCACUGCGGGAUCGGCCUGGACCUUCUUCCUCCUGGACCAGGUGUUCACUUACUUGAUCCUGGCGGCAGCUGCUGUCUCCGCCGAGGUGCUCUACCUUGCUGACAAGGGCGACCUUGACAUUACGUGGAGCGCGGUCUGUGGCUCGUUUGGUGUGUUCUGCCACAAGGCCAUGGCCUCCUUGGUCCUGACAUUCGUCGUGGUUCUCUUCUUCAUUGCGAUCUCGCUCGUCUCGUCCUACAAGCUGUUCAGUAGGUUCGAUGCACCUGUCCUCAGCUGCCCUGCUGCUGCAAAGGGAGGUCUCGAGAUUACGGCGUUUUAGAACUUCAAGUUAUGUGUACUGUCGUCAUCAUCAUAUAUGUGCAAUGUAUGAAUAAGUUACAGACCGAGGAAGUUAUGAUAUACAUGGUAUCAAUGUGCUUGUGACGAUAGCUCUCAUCCUCAUGUUAAUGGCUCUUUCACCCUACUGAUUU